AUGAUUUUUGCAGAAGCUGUAAUAAUAUCCUUAAUAUUCUUAGUUAGGAGAAGACGAUGAAUAUGUACGACUUCAAAAAAUAAGUUUGGGAAUAAAGGAAGUUUCUUUGAACUUGAGAAACAUGUAAAUAAUCACAGAUCAUAACAUCUUAAAAUCAAGUUUAUAUUUAUAACCUAUAUUGAGUGAUUUGUUCUUAUCCUUUCUAAUAGGCAAGCAUUGAAUUACUGAUUUCAGCUUUCUUUGAUUAUUUUAAACAUAAGUUAUUCCUUUUCGCUUUUUAUAGAGCACUCUAAGAUGUAAGUGAACUAUAAGAAUACAGAGAAUUUUUAGGCACUAGGAGUACUAGAAGUUUAAAGAUGACAUUUAAGUAUAUAUAGAUAUAAAUACAUAGCGGAAAUGUUAAUAAGAUUAUUGAAGAAUAAUAAAAAUAGGGGUCUAUACCAUUUUCGAAAUAAGUCAUAGAGAAAUUGUUAAUAGCUAAAAGAUUCGCUUGUUCUUACUUGAAGAGAUUCUUUUUAUUGGCAAUUCAACUCAAUGUGGAUUUGGAAGAAAUGUCAAUAAUUUUUAAACAGUUCAUUAUUCACACUCGAUGUCACAGAUUUUAGUAAUAAUUGAUUGAUUAGUUCUUCGAUUGUAAAUAGAGUAUAUUUUAUGAAUUUCCAUGGAAGAAUAAAUAUGAUUAAGAAUUAGACGAUUGUAAUAUUUAUUAUAUAUAAAUUUAGUUUGCAAUAGAUGGACAAUUGAGGUUGCUCCUAAGUGGGUUUUAGACAGAAAAAAGUCAAUGUCUUCAUUCAAUUACAUAGGAACUGAAAAACAAAUUAAAACUGAAUAGGAUGAUGAAUAUAUAACACCAGCCAGUAAAGUAGAAUCUGUUGCUGAUUAUGUUGAAAUUAUGCAAAAGAUAAUCUGUAAACCCAUAGAAAUGGUUACUCAACAUGACCAACUCUAACUACAUAAUAACGAUAACAUAGAGAUACUAAUUAAAUUUAUAAUCAAUCCUCUAGAAACAGAACUUAUAGAUGAUUGGGUAUUAUUUGUAUUACUAUCUUAAGGGUCUAUUAUUUUAAAAGAAGGAUAUAGAUACCAAUGAUUACAAAACUACAUUUAAAUCUAGUACCAUACCUAUGGAUUAUUUGAAUACAGUGCGAUCUUUCAAAAGUCUUUAAUUUUUGACCUAAAAAGUUAAUCACUCUAGAUUUUAUUUGACAAUUCAAGAUAUGACUCCCAAAAUAUGUAUCAUUUAAUUCUUAUCCUUUUAUAGUUGAAUAAAUUUUAGAGAGCCUCAACACUUAAUCAAUUCAAUUGAAUUUAAAUCAUUUAGCUAUUUUAAUUGAUCAAUUAUUGCUUAUUUGUCCAAAAGCUAGUGUAUUGAAGAUCAUCGAAUUCGAUUUUCUAUUCUUGUUUUUAUAAUAUUCAAGCAAUCCAUUCAUUGAAUCUUUGAUAAUUGAUAUUUUAGACUUAACUGUUGAUAAAUAUAAACUCGGUUUUUUUAUUUAAAAAUAGAUUUGGAAGUACGUUUUGGAGACUAAAUGGAUAGAAUAUUUAAGUAAUGCUAUAUUCCAAUAAAAUUACUCUAUUGCCAAUUAAAAGUUUCCUUUAACAGAGAAGAACGAAGAAAAAUAACAAAUACUUAACUUUCUAUCAAAAUUCAAAGAUGUUCAAAAGCCUAUUGAAAUUGUUAAAAUCAGUACAUUAGAUGAAUUUAUUGGACCAUUAGGAGGAUCAGCCAAUUAAGACAAUUUAGAAGAACAUAUCCAAUAUCCUGAAAAUAUAUCUUAUGCUUAAUUAUUAGAAAAUGAUGUAGAUGCAAUAAGAGCAUAUUUAGAUGAAAGAAGAGUGCAUAAAUCAAUUAACUACAGUAGAAAGCAAAGUAGGAAAGUAGAAUCUCAGAUGACAACAUAUCGUACACCUACUGUUUCACAUAGUCGUAACAUAAGUCUCAAUGUACCCACUCUUCCAUCGAUUAACACUCCAAAAUCAGUGUCUAAUAAAUAGAGUGAAGUGUAAUCUGUAUUUAAUGACUCUAAAUCAAAAAGGGGAAGUGUUGAGAAAUUAGACAAACAUGAGAAAUCGGUGAGUUCUAAAACAUCAUUAUGGGCUUAAAAUCUUUAAUAGACUUCCAGGUCUUCAUUGUCAUCAGAGACUGGAUUUUCAAGUAGUAAACUUAUAAUGCUUUACCCUUCAGGUAAUCAAAAAGCAAAUCCAAGUUAAUUUGAAAUAAAUUCAUCUGAAUUUUAUUUUAAUGCUAAUACAUUUGAGCAUCUCAUAAACUUAUUAGAAAAAAUAGUAAAUGUGAUUUGGAUCCAUUAAAUGAGAAAUUAAACGAAUGGAGAAAACUUUUGUAAUUUGGUAUUAAAUUAAGACUUAGUGCUUUCUUUAUUUAAAUUUUAUUUAUAUGAAAUAAAUCUGAAGAAAGAUAUAAGUUACCAAUGUGGUAAAAUAAUAAAUUCAAUUUACUAUCUUGCUAAAAGAUAUGGAAAUGCUGAAUAAUAAGAAUUUUUAAGGGAGAUUUUCUAUUCAGUAAUAGAAUAUCUGAAUAAAAUCAUCAUUAACUUGAACAGGCAAAACUUUGAUUUGAAUUUUACUUCUCAAUUUACUUUGUUUCAAACAAUCAGCAAUGGAUUUGCCAUCUUUGAACCUUAUGAUGCAACAAAACUAAAUAGAAAUAUCUAUAAAUUCUUAAGUGAAACAACCAUCCAUUUAUACAUUAUUUUUUUCUUUAAGAGCAAACAAAAUUCUCUAUAUCAAUAUCAGUUUGUUGAAUUCAUAAAUAUGAUCUUUGAAAAGGCUCCUACUUACUUACUUUAAAAUAUCUUAUUUAAUGUUGGAUUAAUCAGUUCCCUCUAUAAUGCAUAUACAACCUUCUAUGCAAAUGGCUUUAAGAGUCACAGCUACAACGAAAGCUUAUUUUACUAUAUUACUAAGUUGAUAAGCAUAAUUCAUGGGAAUUUAAAUGCAAGAGAAUUAACUGUAAUUUUGAGUUCUUUGCAACCUCUUGAUUCUUGGAAAUGUUUGAUGAAAACCCUCCCUAAUGGCUAAGUUUUAAAAGAGAAGAAAUUGAAAACCUUGGAAGCUGAAUUACAAAAAUCUAUUCUUGAAUCUUAACACAACAGCAGACAAUCUGUUUUGAAUGAAAGCCGAGCAUCAAUAAGUAUAACUCUUAAUAAUAGAAAGUAUAAAUAAAUAUUAUUCUUAGACUUUCAUAAAAAUAAUCAACACCUCAAAAACUCACUGCCAGAAUUUAAUAACUUUAAUAAAAAAGUAUAUCAAGUUAGUCCUCAUCCUAACUAGCCUACUGA